GAGGCGCGGGCUGCCCCCAGGGCAGGGGUAGGAGCAGGCAGGCAGGCAGGCAGGAGCCGCCCCGUGCGGGGAGGAGGCAGCGCACGGGCGCUGGCUCCUCUCCAGGCAUUUCCACCCCGAGAGGUAGCCCCGGCGCUGCAGCCCUCUUCCCUUCCCUGCCUCCUCCCUCUCUCGCUCCCUCCCCCUUCCCCACCUCUCUUCCAAAACCGCAGGAGCCGCCGCGGCCACGCUGCACUCUUUCUGCCGCCAGCCGCGGAGCGGUACGAGCGGCCCUGGCCGCAGGCACGGCCCGAAGCGGGACCAGCCCCGCCGCCUCCCCGCCGCCCCACUGCCAUGGCCGGGGCCGCGGCCCAGCGCUGAGGAUGCUGCUGGGCGCCCCGCGGGCGGGCGGCUGGGAUCGCGGCCGGGUGGGCGAGCGGCUGCAGGCGGCACUGGCCGGCCUCCAGGAGCUCCAGGUGCUGCGGGAGCGGCAGCAGGAGCUGGUGCGGGCCGCCCUGGCUAUGCCGACGGGCGAAGGCGAGCAUCCUCUGCGCGCCCACAGCAAGGAGCUCCGGCUGGAGGCCACCCUCACCGCCCUCAAGGAACAACUGUCUCGCUUGAGGAGACAGGAUGUCGGCUUGAAAAGCCACCUGGAUCAGCUUGACCAGCGAAUAAGUGAGCUGAAACUGGACGUCAGUAAGACUUCCAGUGAAUACUUGGACAGCGACAGCCGCCCCAGCUCAGGCUUCUACGACCUGAGUGAUGGUGGUUCUUGCUCACUCUCCAAUUCUUGUACCUCUGUGUACAGUGAGUCCAUCUCCUCCUCCCACACCAGUCUCUUGCCCAGCUCUCAACACCCUAAAGCGAGGCUCAGUGUGUUUGAUUACCGACCCAAGUCUGCAGAUGAAACUACUGUGCACAACACGAGCUUCCAACAGCAGGGAACCUAUGUCAGCGAUGGAUGUCGGAUUACAGCAAGCACGGACAUUUCUGGGACUCCUGCCAGGUCCAGACCGAGGCCAGUUUCCACAGGUGACUUGGAGAGACUCAUUCCAGCAGAUGCUAGAUUUCAGAAAGAGACAGAUCCCAAAUCCUCCUUGCCUCUGUGCCAUGCAGACUUGCACUUGCUCAGCAUGGACCCCAAGUUCCAGAAUGACUUGGUCUCCAAGAAUGGCAUUGAUGUGUACCCUUACCCAAGCCCCCUUCAUGCAGUGGCUUUACAGAGUCCCCUUUUCUCCCUAAUGGGGACAUCCACAGAAGCAGACCUCCAGGCUUCCCCCAGCAAACCCAUGCCUAGUGUGACAGGUCCCACCUUGAUUAGGACUAGGCCAACCACCGAAGCCAAACCAGGGGGUUACAUCAAUAAAUUACUGCAGCUGACAAGAUGCAAAGGGAACAAUCGAGCCGAUGCCAGCGAGCGGGUUUCAACAAAGAGCCAGCCAGCCACAAUGCACCAGAGACUCAUUAUAACCCCCAGUGCCGGUGGAGUGAAAAUUAACAGCAGCAACAGCCAGCUGGAAAAACAAGCAAGUUCUCUGGAAAGUAACAAAGCUGAAGGAAAGCUGCAGAGAGAGCUGCCGGAGGGGGAAUGUGCCAAGCUGCAGGAGGCCAUGCACUGUGUGAAUGAAGAGCAGCCGUCCGGUUUCCCUGAUGCAGAACCAUCAGCUGUGAAUAGUUGUCUUCCUGCCAAGUCUGCUGCAAGGGGCUCUCCCCUGGCAGAAGCAAGGGAGAACAGUUUGGAGCACAGUUCUUCAUGCUCACAGCUGUGCCAGGAGGACUCCAGCUUUUGUACCUGGAACGCUAAAGACACCCCACCUAAAAAGUUGUCCCUCAAAAAAUGUGGCGGUGCCAAAUUGGCUAAUGCUGGAGGUCAGGAGCGAGCAGCACGCGGUGAAUUUGUCCACGCUCAGUUUGUCCCUGCAGAAUCCCAUCAAGUCCGAGUCAAGUUUGCCAGCUCCAAAACAAAAGCAGUGAAGAUAAAGAGGAGAAACAGCGAAAAGGUACUACGUCCUGGGAAGCAGGCCUUUUAUUUGGAAAAGGUGAGAGGGACUCAUGGCACUGCCAGGCUGCCUGCUGAAUGGAAUCAGCCCCACAGACCACACGGAGCAAAGAGCCUUGCCCGGAGACCUUCGUACUCUGGUGAUGUGACUGGCAGGUCGUGCUCAGAGUCUAGCUUGUUCCCUGUGCAGGUCAGGCUACCCACUGUGCCAUCCAGGCCAGAGCUCUAUGGAGCUUCUGCCAAUGCACUCUAUUCCCUUGAAGCAACUUGUGAAGACACAGCCAGCAAGAAGAAGCAGCGCAAGUGGCAGUCCACAGUGGAAAUCUCUGCCAAGAGCCAUGGGGCCAGCCUCUCUGGUGGCUUUGGGGUAGGAGCACCAAGGCAGCCAGGAAGGAGAGCCGGUGUCCUGCGCACUGUCAGUAUGAGGGCUCGCCCCAAGAGUCAUCACCAUGGAGCUUAUGCCAAAAGUGAAUCAGACCAUUCUGAGUACUCAGCAGAGUGUGCUUCCCUCUUUCACUCCACCAUCGCAGAGACGAGCGAAGGAGAGGUCAGUGAUUUCACCGCUAACCGUUUUGGGGACAGUGAGUCCAGUGAAAGUGAUUCAGAUGACAGCAGUACCAGUAGCAGCCUUGCGCUUGACUAUGAUGAGGGGGAUGAAAGUGAGCUGAUCUGGCCUGAAGGAUCGGUCAGACAAUUGGGGACUGUCCAGGUCUCUUCCAAGCCUCUUCCCCCAGUGCCCAAAAUCUGCCGCAUCAAAGCUUCAAAGGCACUGAAGAAGAAGAUUAGGAGAUUCCAACCUGCCUCUCUGAAGGUUAUGACCAUGGUUUAAAGGAGAGCAAGCAUCUGUUUCUUGCCUUGAGACAUCCUGCUGGCUCUCAUUUGCAAAACAAGAGAACCGAUGUGCAGAGAAAAGGACUUGCUUAACGAACUUUGAACAACCUCUGAGUCGGCACAAGGGACCUUUUUGUUUGUUAAUGCCUGGAUAUAAAUGUCACUGUAUCUAAUUUCCUCUUUUGCCAUUUAUUCUGUAAAUACGUAUCCAUAUAUAUUGUGAUGCCUUUUUUUUUUUUUUUUUUUUUUUUUUUUUUGUAACUAUACAGAAGGGUCGUCGUAAUAAAAAUAAAAUGUCAGUAAGAGACAACAUGUCCAAACCACCUCUGCCAUAACAUUUUGCAGGGAGGAUCUUGUCCAUAUGCACAUCCACAGAAAAAGCCUCAGAUACAAAGGCCUCCUAAGAGGCUCUUUCCAAUUGGAGAUUUAGGAAUGUCCCUCCCUCUUGUGAAUAAUUCUUUCUAGUCUAAAACAGCAUUUAUCACUUUUACACUGCUGAUAUGGAAAAGCUCUCAGUGCUCUCCAUAGUUGUACUUUCUUUCAGGACAACUAUUCAUGUACCAUCUGCAAAACUUCAGGAGAAUUACUUUGUCCUUCAGUAUAAGCAUACUAUGGUUAUUGCUAAAAGCAGUUUGUUUGCAAAUGAGAGUAAGACUUUUUUGUUUUCAAAACUGAGAGUAUAGGAUGGUUGUUUUUUUUUUCAGUUCCACCUCUUAAUAACAUUCUAUGUUAUUGUUCAUUUAUUGAAUGAGUGAAAGAAUAUGAGAGCUUGGUACAACAGUGUAUGGGUAACUUAGACUGAGAUUAUAGCUUUGUCCCUGAAACUACAGACUCAAUAAAGAUUAUUUAAUGUAC